AUGAGUUGCCAACCUUUUACUUCGGCUGAUACCUUUAUACCUCUGAAUUCCGAGUCUUCUGCAACUCUGCCUCUGAUAAUGCAUCACAGCGCUGCCGAGUGCCUCCCGGUCUCCAACCACGCCACCAAUGUGAUGUCUACAGUCCCGUCUAUUUUGUCUUUGAUCCAAACUCCUAAAUGUUUGUGUGCAUAUUUCCUGGUGACAUCGUUGGGAAACACAGCAACAGGACUUCAUUAUUCUGUUCCUUCCUGUCAUUAUGGAAACCAGCCAUCGACCUAUGGAGUGAUGGCAGGUAGCUUAACCCCUUGUCUUUACAAGUUUCCUGACCACACCUUGAGUCAUGGCUUUCCUCCCAUGCACCAGCCUCUUCUGUCAGAAGACCCCACCGUCACUGAUUUCAAGCAGGAACUCAGGCGGAAAAGUAAAUUGAUUGAAGAGCCAAUAGACAUGGAUUCUCCGGAAAUCCGAGAACUUGAGAAGUUUGCCAAUGAAUUUAAAGUGAGAAGAAUUAAGUUAGGAUACACCCAAACCAAUGUUGGGGAAGCCCUGGCAGCUGUGCAUGGCUCAGAAUUCAGUCAAACGACUAUCUGCCGAUUUGAAAACCUGCAGCUCAGCUUUAAAAAUGCAUGCAAACUAAAAGCAAUAUUAUCAAAAUGGCUGGAGGAAGCAGAGCAAGUCGGAGCUUUAUACAAUGAAAAAGUGGGAGCAAAUGAAAGGAAAAGGAAGCGAAGAACAACUAUAAGUAUCGCUGCUAAAGAUGCUCUGGAGAGACACUUUGGAGAACAGAAUAAACCUUCCUCUCAAGAGAUCAUGCGAAUGGCUGAAGAACUGAAUCUUGAGAAAGAAGUAGUAAGAGUUUGGUUUUGCAAUAGAAGGCAGAGAGAAAAACGGGUGAAAACAAGUCUGAAUCAGAGUUUAUUUACUAUUUCUAAGGAGCACCUUGAAUGCAGAUAAAAUUUACUAUUGUGUAACAUCCAAUUUUUCUGUUUUUCUUUCCUUUCUCUUCCCCAACAAAAAUAGAAAUUAGUUAUUUGGUUGGCUUCAAAAAUUUUAUAUCAACAACUUUUGCAGACACUUUUCUACUUUAAA